AUGGAGCUCUUACAGUAUAUUAUUUUGAUUUGCGCUCUCUACUUUGUGGAGGCCAAAUUUUUACAUCUGAAUUAUCAAUACGAUGAGGGUGCAAAGGUUUGGUUAAAACUCCACAAUAUGAAGACAUCUUGGCAUGAAGCACGCAAAAUGUGCAAUAUGGAAGGUGCAAUUUUGGCAUCGCCAUUGGAUGAAACGCUAAAAGGUGCAUUGGUUACUUACUCAAAAGCCUACGGCAUUGAUCGGUUAUAUGUCGGAAUACACGCAACGUUUUCUAGUCAAAUAUGGCAUUCGAUUGAAGGAAUACCAUUAGAGAAUUUAGCAGAUCAUUUAGAUAUUAAUCAAAUGGAGAGCAGUGACUACCGAAUCUGCGCAGUCAUGGAAGCUGGAUCUCUGAUAAACGUUGGAUGUCAACAGAUGUUUCCAUAUAUUUGCUACAAAAGUGACAAUGUCAGUAGAGAACUUACAUCCUGUGGAACUACGGAUACAGCUUAUCAAUUGGAUAAGAGAACUGGCAAUUGCUACAAAUUCCAUGCUGAAGCAAGGUCGUGGAUCGAAGCGUACGAGACUUGUUUUGCAGAGCAAGCAUACUUGGCAAUAAUCAAUAGUUAUGCUGAGGCACAAAUCUUACAAGAUAUUUUUGCCAAUCACCCUAGUAACACGAUCCACGCUGACCAUCCAAAUGUCAUGAGUAUUGGUAUGAUUGAUUGGGAACAUAACAGAGAUUGGUAUACUAUUCAUGGUGAACGUAUACGAGAUGCUGGUUAUGCUUCGUGGAGUAGGGGAGAACCAAAUAAUGCGGAUAGAAUUGAAUAUUGUGGUGCCAUUUUCAGAAAUGGCCUUUUAAAUGACGAACCAUGUUCAAAACAGAAUGUUUUUAUCUGUGAAAAAGAUGUAAGAUUUGUACAAAAGGAAGACACUACUGAAAAACUAUCUACGACUGAGUCUAGUGAAAAUCUAUAUACGACUGAAUCUGCACCGAGUAUAAAUCUAUACACCACUGAGUCUGAAUCUAUUGAAAAUCUAUAUACGACUGAGUCUGCACCUAGUAAAAAUCUAUAUACGACUGAGUCUGAAUCUAGUGAGAAUCUAUAUACGACUGAGUCUGAAUCUAGUGAUAAUCUACAUACGACUGAGUCUGAAUUUAGUGAAAAUCUAUAUACGACUGAGUCUACACCAAGCAAAAAUCUAUAUACGACUGAAUCUGAACCUACUGAAAAUCUAUAUACGAUUGAGACUGAAUCUAGUGAAAAUCUAGAUAAGGUUGAGUCUAAACAUAGUGAAAAUCUAUAUACGACUGAGUUGGAGCCUAAUGUACAGACUGAGUUAACAUUCCCUGAAGAAAUUUCAGAGCUCAGUCUUCCGCCAAGACGACUUAUUGUAGUUGAUAAUGAAGUAUAUAAUAGUGAAAGACCUUAUACGACUCACAAAAUUUUUACUGAUAAA